AUGCGAGAAAUAGUUCAUAUUCAAAUUGGGCAAUGUGGAAAUCAGAUGGGAGCAAAAUUUUGGGAAGUGAUUUCUGACGAACAUGGAAUAACCAACACGGGGUUUUAUCAAGGAGAUACUGAUCUACAGUUGGAGCGCAUAUGUGUCUACUAUAACGAAGCGAUUGGAGGGAAGUUUGUUCCACGAUCGAUCCUAUGUGACUUGGAACCGGGGACUAUGGAUGCAGUAAGGUGUGGUCCGGUGGGGCAGCUCUUUCGACCGGACAAUUAUGUGUUUGGCAGCACCGGUGCGGGGAACAACUGGGCCAAAGGACACUACACCGACGGUGCAGAGCUGAUCGACAACGUGUUAGAGGUGGUGCGCAAAGAGGCUGAAUUAUGCGAGUGUAUGCAAGGUUUCCAAGUGGUACACGCAUUGGGCGGUGGCACUGGGGCUGGAAUGGGCACGCUUUUGAUCAACAAAGUUCGUGAGGAAUUUCCUGAUCGAGUGGUGUGCAGUUUCUCAACUGUCCCUUCUCCGAAGGUGUCUGACGUUGUGGUUGAACCAUACAAUGCAACACUUUCCAUUCAUCAAUUGGUUGAAAAUUGCGACGAAACGUUUUGCAUUGAUAACGAAGCGCUUUACGAUAUUUGCAACCGGACACUUAAGUUGAGCACACCUACUUACGGGGAUCUGAAUCACCUCGUGAGUGCAACAAUGUCCGGAGUUACCACCUGCCUACGAUUCCCGGGACAGCUGAAUGCAGAUUUGCGAAAGCUAGCUACUAAUAUGGUACCGUUUCCACGGCUUCAUUUCUUUAUGCCCGGCUUCUCCCCUCUCACCAGCCGGCAUUCGAUGCCCUAUCGGAGCAACACGGUUCAGGAUCUGACACACCAGAUGUUCGACAACAAAAACAUGAUGGCCGCCUGUGACCCAAGACACGGUAAAUACCUCACAGUGGCCGCUAUGUUCCGAGGCAGGAUGUCGAUGAAGGAAGUUGAUGAACAGAUGUUGAACGUACAGAACAGAAACAGCGCCUAUUUUGUGGAAUGGAUACCAAAUAAUGUGAAGACGGCUGUUUGCGAUAUUCCCCCAAGGGGCCUGAAAAUGUCAGUCACGUUUAUUGGAAACAACACCGCGAUUCAAGAGAUCUUUAAGCGUGUUGGUGAACAGUUUGUCGCCAUGUUUCGGAGGCGUGCGUUCUUGCACUGGUACACAGGUGAAGGUAUGGAUGAGAUGGAAUUUAGCGAGGCUGAAUCAAAUAUGGACGACCUGAUAAGCGAAUACCAACAAUUUCAGGAUGCAACUGUUGAGGAUCAAGUGGAAAUACAGAAAUGAACUGAGAUGCAACUAAACUGCUGGUUUCAUCCGUUACAAGUCAUAGAUUCAAAGAUCGAUAAAAAACCCAACUGGACUUACUUUGAACAGAACGGUUCACUUUCGCUUUUCUACAUCCACAUGAAGUUUGCGUCAUCACUUGCCCUUUCAGUUCUCAUCACGUGUGGUGAACAGACAGUUUGAACCACUCAGUUUGCAAUGAGCUAUCACAUUUUUGUGAAUUUUUAACAUCUCGAAUGAUGAACACCACUUUCAACGUCUCUUAUUUUGACGAUUCCACCCAGAAAUACAAGUUUUGAAUUCUACGUUAGGAAAGUCUGUUUUUCA